UUUUCCCCCCUACUUUCUUCCUAGCCCGAUCGAUAAAACCUCAUUCUCUUACGUCUCUGCUACCCCUUCCCAAACUUCCCAGCGCUGCCGAAGCCCAACGUCAGCCUCCAUCUCCUCCGCUUAGUCUCCAUUGAAGAUUUUCUGGAGUACUCUGUUGCUUUGCAUUGAGGCCUCCGCAGCUAGUAAUGAUGACCGUGCAGCAUACCGAGUCCAUCAUUGGAAUGGAUCCUCUUAUCUAUAAAGCGGCAGAACAAGGCAACCUGAGGGCCUUAGAAAAAAAAUAUGAUAUCUCCCAUCUACUUGAUGAGUUUUUAACCGUUAAUAAAAAUACAAUCCUACAUAUUUGCAUUUCAAGUAUCCUGGUCAAAGAAAAGUUUCCCGCCACUGGAGGAACUGACCUUGCCUCAGCGGUAAAAUUUGUGGAAGAUGUACUGUCCAAGUGUCCAUCAUUUUUAUUGAAAGCCAAUGCGGAAGACGAUACUCCGUUACAUGUUGCGGCAAGGUCUGGGCAUGCUUCGAUCGUUAAAGUUCUGAUUGAUUGUAAAAAAUCCCAACAUCAAGAUCUCGAAAAUGUCGUUGCUACUAAGGAGAUGAUUACUAGGGAGAUGAUUGGAAUGCUGAAUAAAAAGGGAGACACGACCUUACAUGAUGCUGUACGUCACAAUCACAUUGAAGUGGUAAAACAGUUACUAAGGGAGGUAGAUCGAGAAUUUUCGUUUGGUGCUAAUGGUGCUGGUGAGACCCCACUUUACUUGGCUGCCGAGAGACACUUUCCAGAUUUGGUAUCUGAAAUUUUGAACACAUUCCAAUCACCAGCUUAUGAUGGCCCCUUGGGUAGAACGGCUUUGCAUGCUGCAACAUUUUCAAAUGAUGCAGGAAUGACCGAAAACAUUUUGGAAAGAUAUGGUCGCGAUCUAUGUAAACAAACAGACCAAAAAGGUUGGACUCCUCUUCACUUGGCUGCAUACUUGGGUUGCGUUGAGCCAACAAAACUAUUGCUGCAAUAUGGUAGAGAGGUGGCAUAUAUGAAAGAUGCAGAGGGUAGGACAGCUCUUCACAUUGCAGCUCAUCGCAACCAAGAAGGAGUUACAAAGGAGAUUAUAUCAAUGUGUCCUGAUUGUUGCGAAGUGGUUGACAAUGAAGGCCGCAAUGCACUCCAUCUCGCCGUGCACAGCCGCUGGCCAACUGCAGCGCUAAUCAUCCAAAAUAAUCCAUCUUUACGGAAUCUUUUGAAUCAGGCGGACAAUGACGGGAAUACACCUCUCCAUCACUAUUACAAUUCUGUUGGAUACAUCAAGGGUGUCUUGAAUUCUCCAAGAGUUGACGAAAUGGUCUUCAACAAAAAGAACCAGACUGCUUUUCAAAUCUUAAGAAGUAAACGCUUUCCAACCGAUGGUGAUGAGGUACAAUAUUCCGCUUUACAGAGGAAGCAGGACGAAUUUUAUAAAGGCCAGAAAAAUCAUUGGUUCCUUUUCAAUGGAAGAGUAUUAGAAACUGGGUAUGAUGAAAUUGAGAAGGAGAAACAGCCAGAGGGGGAUGAGGAUUGGCAGGAGAUGGAGAAAAAGAAGGAAGAGAUGGAUAAAGCGGCUCAAGUCCAUUUGGUAGUUGCUGCACUCAUUACAACCGUGACCUUUGCAGCAGGCAUUACCAUGCCAGGGGGCUUCAUUGGUGGAGAUGAUCAUCCACAUCCAGGCUCUGCAGUUCUGGAAAAAAGUACUGCUUUUAAAGCAUUCAUCAUUACAAACGCCCUAGCAUUGAUGCUAUCCAGUUCUGCUGUCUUUAUCUACCUAUUUAUUCCGUUUAUCCCUUCUAAAUCCUUCUUCAGGCAGCGCUUAUGUUUUGCUCAAAUGGCCUUUUGGUUCCUUAUUUCGUCCAUGGCACCAAUGGUUUUGGCAUUUGUCACAGGAACAUAUGCUGUGUUGGAGCAUUCAAACAUUGCAAUUCCCACUUGUAUUAUUUGCUUAUCCUUCAUUACCAUCCUUGUUUUUAUAUUUUUAAAACUACGGUUGUACCUAUGAUGUAAGCGCUCUGAUUUCUGAUUUCAUCAAUGAAAAUAUUACGAGUACGGAACUUUUUUUUUUUCAAGAUAAAUAUCAUUGUCUAGUGUUAAAAGUACAAAUUUUGUAA